AUGACUCGUUAAAAAUGAAGAAAAAUCAGCAAGUUGUUACUGACUCGCCAGCGUACAUGAUUUUGCAUUAUAUCGUGUGCUCUCCUGUGAGAUACAUGUGUCUAACCUAUAUCAUAUCCUUGUGAUAAUACGUUUAAAUAAUUAUGAACGAAGACAGUGAAAAUAUUUUUAAUUACAAAAAUUUAAAAAAUAAAGAAGCCAUGGGUUCGUCAACUGGACAUGUCAAGAUUGAAUUUCAAAGGAAAUCCAAGUACAAUAAGUUGUUACCUUACGUAAAUGAUUUAGAGGCGGAAUCGCAGGUUUUGUUAGCCGAGAUUAAAGCAAAUUUAGGACGAGCUGUUAUUCUUCGUGAAAUGCAACCAGGCUGUGUUCUUUGGGUCACCAGAUUACGCGAGUACAUAAAAAUAUACGGAAUGAAAUUUAGUAAAGAAGAUCAUAUUUUAUUUGUAAAAUUAAUGUACGAACUGGUUACAAUUCCAAAACUCGAACCAUUUUUAGUGAGUCGAUUUAGUUUUACAUUAAUUUUAUUAUUAAAGAAGAAAAGGUUAAUAUCUCCCGAGGAGUUGGAACUUCCAUGGAGACCUCUUUACGAAUUAGUUGAACACGUGAGAAAAAAUGAAGAAAGUUUCAUCAGAAUGUAUCGUUCUUUCGCUUGUUUAUCAGAUAAAUUGAACAUACUUGUACAUGCUGUGAAGAUUUAUUUUCCUUUGAGCGCAACGCAGGAAAUAUUAGACGAAUUGAGACCAACUUUCUUCCCCCUCAAUUUCAUAACGAUGUCUACAAGUUUGGAAACAUUAAAGAAGUUCUUACCGGUUCAGUUACCUCCCAAAUAUCAUUCGAUGGGACACGAACUAUGGUUCGAUGAAAUUAUGUCGUUAUGGGAAGUUUGUCAUAAUGCACCAAUUUGGGAAAAUGAUAUGAUGUGGUUAAUGGCAAGACUGGCUUCUCAUAACAUUGGAUAUAUAAAUUGGGAACCGCAUAUUCCAUUAAUGUUCACUAGGUUCGUGCGAUGCUUGAGGCUUCCAGUGUCGUACAACCAAGUACAAAGAUAUAAACAUCACAAAAUAGAUACUUCUUGUAUAGCCAUAUGGAUAGCAGCAGCUCUGGGGCAUGGUUCGUCUACGCAAAUGUAUCUUGACAAAUUUUUAAAAACUAUUGAAACAUAUUUUCAUCCAGCCAACACUGGUCGUUGGUUGGAGAAAUUAAAGGAGAUCCUCGUAGAGCUUCCAUGUCACUUUGUCACACGUUUGCACAAGGAACGACAUGCAAAGCAAACAUGGGAAACGCCCGUUCCCGACGAGUACAAAUUAACGGACAGCGAUAUUGAUGCGUUUGUCAAAAGCAUGAUGCCAAUAACUAUGACGGCUAUGUUUAGCAAGUUAUGUGUUAACAGUGCCUCUCGAGCGUUGCAACAUCUUGCCAGUAUCAGGCCCAGUUUAGUUAUCCCAGAUGUUUUAGAGAGAGUAUCCUCUACGUUGGACUCUCUUACAGCAGAACCAUAUAAAUUGAAUGCUACAUUGAGUUACAUGGCAGCAAUAGCUAGACCAAUGGCAGAAGGGGCUAGAAAUAUAAACGAAGGUUAUACGUAUCCAGAAGGACCAACGCAUAUUCUACCAUUGCUGUUUUUACUUUUACCUGGCAUCGAUCCGAACGAUAUGGAAAAAUGCUUUGUUGCUUUUCGACUUAUUACAAUUUAUGUUACUUACAUACCUAUCGUGGACCCUUCUAAACUAAGUAAAAUAGAGGACGAGGAAGAAAGAGUCUUUUACGAGACAGUAGCGUCGAGAUUUGAAGACUUUGUUUUACAAUUUCUGGACAGAGUAUUCUCUCUGAUAGAUUCCUUUACUUUGGAAAAUGUCAGACUGGAAACUCGUGCCGGUGACGAGAAAAGUAAAUUGGAAAAAGUUACAGAGUCUGUGAUGAGGGAAGUAUUCACGGUACUGUUGAUUCAGAUGAACGACAAGAUUUUUGAGUGCGCUCUGCACAAAUUACGCACGUUCAUAACUGAACGUAUUCUCGAAACUAAAGUUGCCGGGCAACUUGUCGCUGUAUUGUGCCGAGUAUUUGCCUACGUUAAUGGUGAGAAAACGUUACAUUCGUUGUUACCUGUACUUUCGCAAACUAUCUUAGACAUCACUGGCGAAAGUAACGAUAUCGUUAAGGAAGAAAAUUUAGACGGUCGUCUUUUGUACGCGAUGCUGCUUUUGUCUGCGAUCACUUGUACAUCAGGGAAGAAUUUGUUACCGCACGUGGAUACGUUGGAAAUCGUUCUUGAUCGCGUGUUGGUCUUAAAAUCAAGGGAAGGAAACAAUUUAGCAUGCACGUUACUGAAAUCUAUUCUUUCUUCGUUAUCCAAUAUGAUGCCGUAUCAGUUUGAAUCUACCGAGGUUACGCACUGGGGUCAAACUCUGGACAUUAAUAGUUUGACUGUUAAAUGGUACAUUCCCGGUAAAGAUGAAAUGGCCUCGUUAAAUCGAAUAUUUUUUAAAUAUUUAUUGCCCGAGAUAAAUCGAUUAGAAAAAUAUUGCGAAGACUGGAAUACACUGACGAGAGAAGAGUUGCUGACUAGCUUGAAUAUUGUAAACAGCAUUAUUCAAGCUUGCGAAUCUGUAUUACCGCUAUGGGAAGAGGAACCAUUACUUCCAGUAAAAUCGUCUUUGAAGUGGGUGCCUUUUGCACCAACGCUUGGUACGAAGGAAGAAAUAUCGAUGCCUGAUGGUAGUAACGUAAGACGUUCUAUGGCAACGCUUGCGAGCAAUGUGCAAAAAGUAAUACUGAAAAAUGCAGAAGACGACACGAAAAGUUUAUUUGUUUUAAUAAAGAUUUGGAGCAGUCUUUUAUUAGGAAAGAUUCGUUUGUCCGAUGCAUACGAAGCGAGACGCAAAAACUUUUAUACUAUAAUCGAGAUGAUGAAGGAUCGUCUAAGAGGAAACAAAGGGCUAAUAGGACCUUUUGUAUUGCAAUCUGCAGAAAUUCAACACGAAACGCGUGUCCAUUCGCGUAGUUUUAUCUUAACAAAAACACAUCAAGAAAUCAUAUUCGAAUUGUUUGUAUUGGCUAUCAGCAGAUAUGCAGAUGUGCGAUCGCAGGCUCAAUCCAGUCUCUCUCAUGCUUUUCAACAUUUAUUGUACUCUUACAAGCUUAUCGUUCCACGAUUACUCGAUGUAUUGAAAAACGACACGGAAGAAAAUCAUGACGCGUAUAAGGGUGUUUUAUAUAUCUUGUUUCAUUCGAAAAUUGAUCCCAUCAUUAUGAAACGCGACUGGAACAUGCUGAGAUCUUUGUGGCCAGCUAUAGUACUUUCUAAAACGUCUGAGAAACUCUCCGUAAUCCGUUUAAAGGAACAUUUAGUGGAAAUUAUAAACGAACGUUUCCCAACAAUUACCAUUAAACACAAACUACCAGAAACGUGUGCAACGCUCGCGAUUGAUUUAUGGGCAACUUAUCCACAACCUAAUCUACCUCAGCCUACUAAAGAUGAAAUUGAGAAAGCCUUAGAAAUAUUACGAGAAACCGGGGAAUCGAAUCUUGUAUCGUACAAUGGUUUGGUGGGCGAUCUGUUCCGUGCUCUCUCGGAAAAAAAUUUACACUGGCGGCAUCGCUUGAUGGCGAUGAGUUUUAUUCGAGAUCUGAUUCAUCCAGAUCAAACGUAUCCUCCAAAGGUGGUGCGUUAUUUCCUAGAAGCGUUAAUACACGAUUCGUUGCAGGAAAGAAAAGUUGCUAUUAAAGUGGUCGCGUACAUGUUGAAACAACAAAAAAGAAAACAUCCGAAGAUAACUAUCGACUCGCCAAUGUUGGGCAAAAAUUCACAGCAAGAAAAUCAGUCUCAGAAGUUAACACCAGGACGAAGAUCGGACAAUGUUUGGCUUCAAUAUAAUUACGAAACGCGUCCUGUAACUGCGGAACAGUGGGACGAACCUAGAUUUGUACAUGAGACGUAUAUGGGAUAUUAUACAUGGCCGAAAAAAAUAGAGAUCUAUGCACCUUCGUCCGAACAACCGUGUCUAGAUCCAAAUAUACGAAAUUUAACAGACCACGAGAAAGAAGUCGUUCGUUUUUUCAACGAUCCGCAGAACAUUGAGAAACUUAUAAGAUACUUCAGUCUCGAAGAAAAAAAAGGCAAAGACAAAUUCAACUGUUACAAAUUUCUUCUAUUCAAAGGUGUCUUUCGUAAUCACGGAAUAUUAUUUUUGAAACAUUUUCUGCCACAUUUGCGUAAAUUAGUCACGGAUAAACAAGAAAGUAGUCAGAGAUGCGCUGCAGAAAUAAUUGCUGGGAUUAUUAACGGCUCGAAACAUUGGCCGUAUAACAUGGUUUGCGAAAUGUGGGAUUCUUUGUUACCAAUCAUCAAGCUUGCCCUGGCUAAUUUGACUGUAGAUUCUGUAAUAGAUUGGGGCUCGUGUUUUGCUUCGGCCCAGCAAGACAGAGAUCCGAAUAAGCAUUAUUGGUUAUUGGAAUGUCUGAUGGAAGAGGUUCGUUUUGGCGAAUCGGAGUCAUCUUUCAACGAAUGUGGACGUUUGUUUGUUCUGCAAAUGAUCCUGAACGAACAAUCAUGGCGGGUUUCGGAAUUGUUGCACCGUCUCUUGAAACGUACGGAAGAUAGAUUGCUGGCAAGCCCGCUGGAAAAUGUCAGAGAAAGAUUAGGUUCCGUUUUAGUGACAGUGUUCACUGCAGAUUUAAAGUUUCCAGGAACUCCAAAUAAUCAGUUUACGCUACGAAUUGAAGAUUUAAUCGAUAAAAUAGUACCAAGAUUGCAAUCUCUUGUGAAUGAAAGUACAAUAGUUGACAAAAAGGAAGAAUCUUUAGAUUCGCAGGUGGCUGAUGUUAAAUGUAACAAUUCUUUGAAGGACUCGAAGAUAAAUACGGAAGAUCGCGAGGCAGCAAUUCGAUUACUUAAGACAGUUUGCAAAUGGAUUACGAACACUGUGAUUCGUUCGCAGAACGGUCUGCAGCCAGAAUUUUACAGGGUAUUUCCGAUGAUAUGUCAAUUGGAAAAUUGCGAAGCAGACGAAGAGUUAAUGAAGUUAUGUAAAUCUACGUUAGCGAUACUUGCAGAGGCAUUCACGUUGUCGCAUAAUAUGCCAAUUGCUUUGGACGCAGUGAUAAAAAUGUCGAAACAUACAUCCUGGUGGACACGAUUCACUUGCUUGCGAUUCCUUCAAGUGUUGGUAUUUCAUAAUAUGAGUAUAUUACUGAGCAAUCCAACGUGGGUCGCUUCCGUUAAAGAGAUAGUUCUACGUUUAUUAGAAGAUGAACGAUUGGAAGUAAGAAAAAGCGCUGGUCAAGUACUUAGUGGAUUGUUGCAUUGUACAUUUAUAUCUGAACAAGAAAAGUUGUUGGACGAAUUUAAGAAGCAAGCAAAAAUCAAAUUAUGGAAGAAAGGACGUUCAAAUUAUGGGAAUUCGGAGACUACGAGGAAAAAUUUAAAAAUCGACGCUAUACGUUUACGUCAUGCAGCUAUCCUAGGAAUGUGUGCAUUCAUUCAAGCUCAUCCGUAUGAUAUACCAAAAUACGUCCCCUCAAUUUUUGAACAUCUUAGUCCUCACAUGAAUGAUCCACAACCUAUACCGACGACAAUUCGAAAGACUCUCGAUGAUUUUAAAAGAACGCAUUACAAUGGAUGGAAAGGCAUGAACGGGUAUGCUCAACAUUUUACGGAAGAACAGUUAACCGUGUUACAAGAUUUGACGAUGCCACCAUCUUAUUAUGCUUGAUAGAAUGCUUAAACUUGUAUUAUACGUUUCCUAUGGUUGUAAUAAAUUUUAUAUGCGGAAAUCGCAUUGACGAUCAUGAACAAUGUUACAGUCAUAAUAGACAUAAUUGUGAAAAGAGUUACGAUAGCAAAAAAUUUUGUAGUGAUAAUAAUAUAAUAAUUAGUCGUA